UCACCUUCCUCCUCGACGGCAUAAGGUCAGUAGACCAUGCGCAAGCAACUAGAUCCGCGCAUUCCAAUAUUAAUCAACAAUAAUAUCAAGAAAAACCACAGAUCCUUCAUAGUCUUGGUCGGAGACAAGGGAAGGGACCAAAUCGUCAACCUUCAUUUUUUACUUUCACAAGCCAGGGUCUCUGCACGUCCGUCAGUACUUUGGUGCUACAAAAAGGAUCUCGGAUUCACCACCCAUCGAAAGAAACGGGAGGCAAAAAUAAAAAGGGAUGUCAAACGCGGUAUCCGUGAACCAAACGACCAAAAUCCCUUUGAAAUCUUCGUGACGGUCACCGACAUUCGGUAUACGUACUACAAGGAAUCGCACAAAAUUCUCGGAAACACCUAUGGCAUGUGUGUGUUGCAGGAUUUCGAGGCCAUAACACCGAAUCUUUUGGCGCGGACCAUUGAAACGGUCCAAGGUGGUGGCCUGGUGGUUCUUUUGUUGAAGACGAUGACUUCGCUUCGACAGUUGUACUCCAUGACUAUGGAUAUCCAUUCACGAUAUCGAACUUCAUCUCACGAUGCAGUCACCGCUCGCUUCAAUGAACGCUUCAUCCUCUCAUUAGGGUCAUGCCCUGAUUGCAUCUUUCUCGACGAUGAGCUAAACGUUCUGCCCAUUUCUCGUGGAAAGGACAUCUCGCCUUAUACUCCCCCAUCUGAAGAAGUCUCGUCUUCUGACUUGCAAGAGCUCAAGUCAUCAUUGUCUUCCACAAAACCAGCCGGUGACCUCGUGCAGCUCACAAAGACACUUGACCAAGCCCAAGCCAUCCUUACGUUUAUCGAAGCUAUUGCUGAAAAGACUUUGUCGUCAACAGUGACGCUCACAGCCGGACGGGGUCGCGGGAAGAGUGCUGCGCUGGGACUAGGCAUUGCCGCUGCCCUUGCACACGGAUAUUCCAACAUAUUUGUUACCAGUCCCAGCCCCGAAAAUUUGAAGACCGUUUUUGAAUUCAUAUUCAAGGGCCUGGAUGCACUCGGAUACGAAGAGCACCUCGACUAUGAUAUAGCUCAGAGUACCAAUCCAGAUUUCAACAAUGCAAUCAUGAGAGUGAACGUCUUUAAAGAUCAUCGGCAGACAAUCCAGUACAUUCAACCCGAAGAUGCUCAUGUAUUAGGCCAAGCUGAAUUAGUCAUUAUCGAUGAGGCUGCAGCUAUCCCAUUACCACUUGUUAGAAAUCUCAUUGGACCUUACCUUGUCUUCCUUGCUUCCACGAUAAAUGGAUAUGAAGGAACUGGCCGCUCCCUUUCUCUCAAGCUCAUCCAGCAGUUACGUGACUCCACCCGCCCGUCUAUACCCACAUCCUCCACAGCCAAAGAUGACGAACCGAAAAACCAUGUCCAAGCGGCCACCAAAGCUGGCCCCAAAGCCCUGCGAUCCCUUCGUGAAGUCACCCUUACCACCCCCAUUCGAUAUUCCCAAGAUGACGAAAUCGAAAAGUGGCUCAACAUCCUUCUCUGCCUCGUGCCUACUCCAGCAUCGUCUACCCUCUCCUCCGGGUGCCCACAUCCAUCGACCUGUGACCUUUACUAUGUGAACCGAGACACCCUAUUCAGUUUCCAUCCUGCGUCGGAGGCUUUUCUCCAGCGUAUGAUGUCUCUUUACGUUUCAAGUCAUUAUAAGAACCAGCCUAACGACCUCCAACUGAUGUCCGAUGCACCCGCGCACCACCUCUUCGUCCUUCUUCCUCCCAUCAGUGAUGCCAACGCGUCUGUCCUCCCUGAGCCAUUGGUUGUACUUCAGGUGGCUCUUGAAGGUUCAAUAUCUAAAGCAUCCAUCAUGGAAGGUUUGAGCCGAGGCUUGAGAUCGGGAGGUGAUUUGAUACCAUGGCUAGUUGCAAACCAGUUCCAAGAGGGGCGGUUCGCAGAAAUGAGUGGCGCUCGAAUUGUCCGAGUUGCUACGGCACUUGAAGUUGCGAAUAUGGGUUAUGGUUCAAGAGCUCUGCAGGCGCUAAAUUCAUACUAUAGCGGCGAGCUAUAUAAUUUCGACGACACAGAGCAGCAAGAAGACUAUCCCGAUAUCACCGCAAUUGAUGCCUCUACAACCCUAGACACUGACACACCCACUGUUCGUUCACCAAAAUCAAUGCCUCCUCUUCUACAACGACUAUCCGAACGAAAACCCGAAAAUUUGGAUUACCUGGGCGUUAGCUACGGGAUGACUGGUCAGCUUCUCAGGUUCUGGAAGCGACUGGGUUAUGUGCCGUUGUAUCUUCGCCAGACGGCCAGUGAUCUGACUGGGGAACAUACAUGUGUUAUGUUGAGAGGGCUCAACAGCUCUAAAGACAGUGAGCUAGAAUGGCUCGCUGAAUUCGCCGCCGAUUUCCGAUCACGCCUCCUUACCCUACUGUCAUUCCCAAAGUUCCGCGAGUUUGGAUGUGUGACAGCGCUGAGUAUUUUAGAGGCUAUCAACACCUUCAGCGGUGUGAAGAACCUGGACGGACAAGGCGGUGGCGUUAAAGCGCUUACCCCUGCAUUACUACCGACAAUACUGACGCCCUUUGACCUAAAACGAUUGGAGACAUAUGGAAACAACGUGUUGGAUUUUCAUGUUAUCAUGGAUCUAAUGCCCACGAUCUCCUCUCUCUACUUCCAGCGACGAUUGGAUAAGCGAGCAGAAACAGCGGAAGGCAAAAGUGAAGCAUCCGUGAAUUUGAGUGCAGCUCAAAAUGCUAUCCUGUUGGGAAUGGGAAUACAGAGAAAAAGCGUCGAGGAUAUCGAGACUGAACUUUCGCUACCCGUAUCGCAAGUCCUUGCUCUGCUUGUAAAGAUUGUACGGAAGAUCGCCAAGCGGCUCAUAGAUAUACAGAGGGAAGGUGUGACAGAAGCUAUGGGUCCAGAUAGAUCUUUGGAGGGUAUGUCUCGUACGUCUGGACCCGUCGUGGAAAUAACUGGGAACACUCUCCAGUCGGUGGAAGAGGAACUUGAGGAGGCGGGAGAGCAGGAGAAGGAGGCUAUGAAGGCAAGGGAACGGCAACGUGAAAUGAUCAAUGCCUUGGACCUAAAAAAGUGAAUAUGCCAUCGAUGAUAGCGUGAUGGACUGGAAUGCUGCUGAGAGCCGGGUUGCUGCUGGUGGCGUCAAAGCUGGACAGACUAUCUUAAGUAUCAAGAAGAAUAGUGGGGUUGUCGGACAGAAAAGAAAAAUGGACGAGGAUAUUGGAGGUGGUGAUGCAGGGAAGGAGAAGAAGACGCGGAGGCGUUCGGGUAAGAAGGCAAAGCAUUAGUGUUGGCCGGACUCUAAUGAUCUUGGAUGUGUUAUAAGUAACGAUAAUUGUAUCGUGAGCUCAAGCCUGGUCCGGC